AAACUUUCGGUCAGUACCUGGCAGCACCGUCAGCUGAGAGGUGACUGACUGCUUGACGUUGUGUAGCUUGCUCCGUAUUCGUUCUUGUUUAACAUUUUAAGAAAUUCAGAGAAACAGUGCAUACAAUAGUUUUAGUUCACAGUCAAGAUAAACGUCCGCCACAAUGAGUGAACUAAGUCAGGAGGAGAUACGGAGACGGAGACUGGCCCGGCUGGCGGCGCUGAGCGGGCCAGGCAGUGCUGCGCCCGCGAGCCCGCCCGCCACUCCUGGCGCGUCCGCGCCCCUGCCCGUGCUACGCGCCAGCCCGCCUGCGCCCUCCACGGAGCCCAGCACGCCAGAGGAUAUCGCAAACGCCAACAAACAGCCAUUCUAUUCAGAUGGAGUAAAGAAAAGUGAUGAUCAGACAGAGAUACCUGCUGAUGGAUUAAUUGUUACAGAAAAGACAGACAAUAAUUUACUAGAUGAGAUGCCAGACACAAAAAUGACAGAUCUGUCUCAGACGAGGCAGUAUAGUUUUGAUUCUAUGGGUGAUGAUACACUGGUUAGUUGUGGUUCAGUGCGGGUGGGAAGCUCGCCGCGACCUACUGGAGUAGAGCAAGGCAUGCCGCGGGAGGACAGCACCUCCCGGUCAAUAUCUCCGGCACAGUUUGUUGAGCCGUCCCCAGUGCGACCGCGGCCUAGCAAUGCCUCACCGAGUUGCUCCAGACGUUCCCUAUCUAUGGAAGUGGAUGAUGUGUCAGAAAGGAAUUCCCAGUCUGAGCAACAGCAGGAGCCCAUGGAGGUGGAAGAUAAUGACUCGACCGCGUCACCGGCACGAAAGAUCUCCCGCUCCCGGACUGUUAGUUGCACAGAACUGACGGAGGAACAGCUGCGGACCAUCGUGGGCAAGAUCCUGCAGGUGUCCUGGUCAGAAGACAGUGCUGGCGGUAUUUACGUACCUUCAGUCGCGGCGUCGCUGCUCGACAACCCUAAGCUAAGUUUAGAAGAUAUGGCGUCAGAGGCUCUAAUGGACGUCAUCCUCCAGAUAUCCAACGGCGCUGACCCCCUAAACCAAAAACUCAUCGCCGUUUCCGAAACAACCAAAAGACUGAACGAGGAUUGUGGCGACGACACUUUAACUGGAGGUGGCCCGUUGUCUUCAGACAAUGAUCCGGACAAGUCGGGUUGCCCGGCACCAUCUUUACCCAUCCCUAAAACGAUCCCCACGCAGGGGUUAGCCGUUAGUUACGUAUUAAGAUUCUACAACAAUAUAAACAUAUAUGAAAGAGAGCAUCCAAAGAAGAGUUCGGAGCCGCCUUUGAGUGAUUUGUUACAGAACUUGAGAACUUUGCUUGUGAGUCAUUUAGUGCUAGUGCUGCGAGACAAGAUGGACCUGGAGAAGUGCCGGAAAUCGCCGUUGUUGCCAUAUUUACUUAUCGGCAACGCGCCGACCGGGCUGGUGCCAGAAUUAUUAGUCGCCACGUAUUUGGACAAAGAAGUUUUUGAAGACGUUUUCGUGCCCCUCCUGAUGGGCAUUCGGUCCGAGAUGCGCGGCUGCGUGUCGCCCGCGCUGCGCGCGCUGCGCUCGCUGUGCGAGCUGCGCGCGGGCCCGCGGCACGCGCAGCGCCCCGUGUGCGAGCUGGUGGCGCGCCUGCCGUCGCUGUGCCCCGCCGCCGUCACCACCGCGCCCGGCCGCGAGAUCGCAAGAGUCAGCUUCCUCGGGCCCUUCUUCUCUAUAUCGUUAUUCGCGGAAGAAAACCCCCGUCUCGCCGAGCGUCUCUUCGCAACGGGCUCAGGCGACCGCAGCUUAGCGUUCGCGUUACAACUCGAAGUGGAAGCUAGCAGGAACACGCUUCACAACAUCUGCCAUAACAUCCUGCUGUGCCCUGAUGCGAGGGAGCCUUUCCUUAACUACUUCGCCGCGCUCCUGCAGAGGAAUGAGCGGAGAGCGCAGUUGCAGACCGACGAGAGAUCGCUGGCCGGUGAUGGUUUCAUGCUGAACGUGUGCUCAGUACUACAGCUGCUCUCAGUCCGCAUUAAGCUAGAGCGAGUGUACCCCUUGUACGCCUUCCAGCCCGACUCGUGGGCCAACGUGCGCGACGAGACGCGACUGUACUUCACGGCGCAAGAGGCUCAGGACUGGCUCGAUGAACUAAACAAAGACCCGGCGCACAAGUGGCCGGAAGCCAAGUUCCAGACGGUGUGCUGGUUCCUGACGCUGCACAUGCACCACGUGGCGCUCAUCCCCGCGCUGCACACGCACCAGCGCCGCAUCCGAGCAUUCCGCGAUCUACAGAAGGUGAUCGAGGAGCUGAUGGCCGCCGAGCCGCAGUGGCGGAACAGCUUCUCCGCGCUCCGCAACCGCGAGCUGCUGCGGCGGUGGAGGCGGCAGAUCAAGAGACUACACAGAUCGAAGCAAUGCGCAGAAACGGCAUUACUCGACGGAGAGUUGAUGCGCCGCAGCGUGCAGUUCUACUCCAGCGUGUGCGCGCUGCUGGCGGCGCGGCUGGACGCGGCCCGCGCCGGCGCCGGCGCCGCGCAGGCCUUCCGCGCGCUGCCCGAGUGGUACGUCGAGGACGUCGCCGAGUUCAUGCUGUUCGCCGUGCAAUAUGUACCCCAAGUAGUGGCAGACUACAUCGAGGACCCCAUCAUCACCUGGCUUCUAAGCGCCAUCUGUAAUUCCCAUCUCAUCAAGAACCCAUACUUAGUCGCCAAGAUCGUCGAAGUACUCUUCGUAAUCAACCUGUCCGUGCCAUUGAAGCUAAAGAACGUGUACGAGAAGUUUAUGGACCACCCGAUGUCGCAAACGGCCCUGCCCAGCGCCCUAAUGAAAUUCUACACGGAUAUUGAAACGACGGGACAGAGCACGGAGUUUUAUGAUAAAUUUACUAUCAGAUUCCAUAUUAGCAUUAUAUUGAAGGGAAUGUGGGAGCGGCCGAUCCAUAAACAAGCCAUAGUUAAGGAGUCCCGGUCAGGCCGACAGUUCGUCAAGUUCAUCAACAUGCUGAUGAACGACACCACUUUCCUUCUCGACGAGUGUCUCACGUACCUGAAACGCAUUCACGAGGCGCAGGAGAGCACGGCGACCGGCGCGGCAGCGGAUGCGCGCGCGCGUGCGCUGGCGCAGGACGAGCGCCAGUGCCGCUCCUACCUCACGCUCGCUAGAGAAACAGUGGACAUGUUAGAAUACCUGACGGUGGAGAUCAAGGAGCCGUUCCUACGCGCCGAGCUGGCCGAGCGGCUCGCCUCCAUGCUCAACUUCAACCUGCAGCAGCUCUGCGGCCCCAAGUGCAAGAACCUCAAGGUCCGACGGCCAGAGAAGUACGGAUGGGAACCGCGACGACUGCUCUCGCAGCUCGUGGACAUCUACCUGCACCUCGACUCGCCGCCAUUCCUCGCCGCGCUGGCCGCUGACGAGCGAUCGUUCCGCAAGGAGCUAUUCGAGGAGGCGGCCGUGCGGCUCGGCAAGUACAACAUCAAGACGCGCUCCGAGAUCGAGCGCUUCCUCGCACUAGCUGACAACGCCUACCAGAUCGUAGUGUCGAAUCAACAAAAGAGUGACGAGUUCGCAGACGCCCCAGAAGAGUUCAGAGAUCCACUCAUGGAUACCCUCAUGACUGACCCCGUGCUUUUGCCGUCCGGGAAGGUAAUGGACCGGUCGGUGAUCCUGCGGCACCUGCUCAACAGCUCCACCGACCCCUUCAACCGGCAACCGCUCACUGAGGACCAGCUGCGUCCAGCGGCCGACCUAAAAGAGAGAAUCAUCCAAUGGCAGCGCGAAAAGAAAGGUUCGACAUCGCAAGAUCCUUAAGCCAACAAACAAAGUCUGAUGUAUAUAUCUACCCUAUUGCAUAUAUAAAGACUAUUGACUGGAUAUUUCCAGAAGGACUAUUGUCCGUGGCAUGAAUGUGAGAUUAUUCUAAGUAUGGUGUAUCCCGUGUCAUGCUGUUCCGGCUAAACCCCCAUCGUUUAGUUUAUUGACAAGCUGUUCAAACAUCUGAUCGCAGUUAGGUAACCGUUCAAUUCAAGUGUAGCUUUAUAUCUUGACAUCACAUAUAUCAAAGGCCUAAAUUCUCAGAUACCUAUACUUACUUAUAUUUUGUGGAAUCUUGACUUGAGUAUCUUUCUAGUAGGUGCUCGUUGAUUCUGACCCCAAUAUUUCGAGUAAUGUAAGGCCUCGUGGAGUAGCAAUAUGAAUGGUAGGCGUCACGUUCUGUAAGUUUUAAAGAAACCCUCACGCAAGUCUAUUAACAUCAAUUAGCUCGAUUGAAAACCCUUCAUUAGUGUAACUAAUGACUUGCAUUCAUAGUGCAUUGUGCAAUAAGAGCAAUAUGGCCUGGCCAGCAAUGCCAGCAUUGUUAACGAGAGUCCAAUAGUAACUCGACGACGCAGGCUGGAGGGUUUUUAUUACAACUUGAGUUUGUAAUGUGAAAUAUUUGAAUAGCGCCCGUGUUACGUUUUUCAUCACACUUGCGAGGAAGUGAUAAAUAUUAGUCCACUUUUUUGUUAAUUUUUAACGAGUAAAAUAAAGCCAUGCGGCGGACAGAUACAAAAUUUUACAAUCACAAAUGAAUUAGUAGAAAUAGAAUAGUGUUUUCACUGUAAAACUUAUUUUACAAA